AUGUCCGGCCAAAUCACCCGUGUCACCCUCUUCAAGGUCCCCAAAGAAGAAGAUCAGCAACACCUCGUGGACCUGUACAAGGCAAUGCCCCAGAAAGCCACAAAGGACGGAAAGCCAUAUAUCGUCUCUGUUCAAGCUGGGAAGGCCAAGGCAGAUCAACGAGCCCAAGGCUUCACAAUCGUGGCUAUCUCAACGUUCGCAUCACAGGAGGAUUUCAACUAUUACGAUACUCAAUGUGCUGCCCACCUUGAGCUGAGGACUUUUGCAAAGGGUGUUAAUGAGGGCUUUGCGAUGAUUUACUUUGAGAACGAGGUUGUAUAG